AUGAAAGCAGCAGCAGCAGCAGCAACAACAGCAUCAUUGUCACCUCAACUAUCAUCAUCAUUAUCAUCCCUAUCAUCAUCAUCAUCAACUAUUUUAUCAACCUCGUUUUUGUCAACUUCUAUGACAAUCACUGCUGUAUCAUCGAUCAAUUAUAAUCAUAACAAAUCAAUAUCAAUUUAUUGCACUGCUAAUUUUUUCAUCAUAAAUUGCCUUCAAAAUUAUUCGAAAUUAACUAUUCCUAUUGUUAGCAACAAAUUAAAAACUUCAUUAUGGCAAUAUUUCAAUUUAUUAAAAUUAUUACUUUUAUUGAUAAUUUUAUUAGCUGAUGGAUCGAAUGCUAUAUUACUUUCUGGAGCACCUGGUUCAUAUGCCAGGUUAGGAGAUGAAACAAAUUAUUUGUCAUCAGAGAGACCAGUUGUCACAAUGCGAUUAAAUGACAUCGAAGUAAGCGACUAUCGAUGGCAUCGACUUACCUUAUUUCAGGCCUGGGAGAAUGUAAAAUUACAAUUGGAUGACACCGUUCUUUUCAAAAUUCUCAAUCAAAAUAGUUUUGUUUUUGGUAAUCUGAAAACAAACUCUGAUAUGUUUAUCGGUGGUGUUCCGAAGGAUACUUAUUUGCUUGGCGCAAUGAGUUCACCAUUGAAACGACAUACAAUUUCAUUUGCUGGUGGAGUAAAAAAUUUAUUGUAUAGGCUUUACCCACAAGGUGUCACAGCACCACAAAUAAUCGAGAGUGUUGGUAUGAGACAAUCGGACGAUGAUUACUGCAAAAUAACAAAUAUUGCUAGCAAAAAUGAUUAUUUCUGCCGAAAUGGCGGUAUUUGCUAUAGCACAAAUGAUGGACCAAAAUGUGACUGUUCAUUUACGGAUUUCCGUGGCCAACGUUGUGAACAAGGUAUGUAUUCGAGAGUGAAAUUUGAAUUUGAAGUAUUCGAGAUUCGAUUUGAUUCGCAUUUAUCAUUUAAUGGUCGAGAAUUGAUUGGUUAUGAUGUUAGCAAUAAUUCGGCAGGAAUUAUACGUUUUCGAUCAGAAAAUAUUACAUUGUCUUUUAAAACGACACAUUCACGAGCUCUACUAUAUAUCGGUGGUGAUCGUCUGAAUUACAUUCAUAUCACAUUGGAUGAUGGCGCAGUUGUUGCAACAUCAAAAUUUGAUGGAACCGAAAAACGGAUAAUAAGAAUUUUCAACAAUUAUCCAUCCGGUCGAUAUAAUGAUGAUCGAUGGCAUACAGUUACUGUUUUCAGGACAUUAACAUUGAUGACAUUAAAUGUUGAUAAUUUAAACGAUGAAAUUCGACAAUAUGCGCCUGAAAUUGAUUGGCUUAUUAAUUCAUUUGCUUAUUUGGGUGGUAUACCAAAGAAUAAAAAUAUUCCUGAAAUUGAUGUGGAAAAUUUUCAUGGUUGUUUAAAAAAGGUUAAGUAUGAAGCUGAUGCAUAUUUGAUCAAUUUUAUCACAUUAGCUGAUCAAGGAUAUGGCCAAUCAAUCAUACGAUCAGCUGGCGAAUUAACAUUUUCAUGUAAUAAACAAGCAUUAUAUGCAGAUGUUUUCUCAUUUAAUACUGGCCAACAUUUUAUUACAUUACCCAAAUGGAAUUCUGUUGCUAGCGGAAGUUUGAGCUUUCAGUUACGAACACAAGAAUUUGAUGGCCUUAUUCUUUAUCAUGGAUCAUUACCAACCACAAAAACAGGAUAUGAUUAUUUUGCAUUUGAAUUAAUUGAUGGUCAUCUAUUUAUGAUUAUUAAUCUAGGAUCAGGACAUAUUAGAUUACAGACAACAGCGGAAAAAAUAACGGAUGGAGCGGUAUGGCACAGCGUAACGCUUGAACGGAUGGGACGGAGUGGUACAGUGAUCGUUGAUAAUAUUAAAACUGAUUUUUCAACACCUGGUGUGUCUGCCAAUUUAAUUAUCGAAGAACCAAUCUAUUUGGGAGCUGUACCAUGGCCAAGUAAUGAAUCGGAUCCGGUUGACUUUCAUGUACCUUCUCCGAUUUGGACAGCAAAUCUACGAAAAGGUUAUAUUGGCUGUCUGAAAGGUAUACGCAUCAAUGGUAUCAGCCCAAAUAUUGCAAGCAUUUUUCAGGAACAACAAAAGAAUUUUAAAAAAGGAAUUAGCUAUGGCUGUUCAGCUAAUGUAAAUCAGGACUUUUGCGCCUUAUCACCAUGCAAAAAUUUUGGACGAUGUGAGAAUGGUUAUAAUAGUUUUCGAUGUGAUUGUUCAGUAUCAGCUAUGGAAGGAAUACUUUGUGAUAAAGAACCUGAAUAUGUGGAUUUUUCGACAAAUAAUGUACCAUCGCUUUUACUACCAAAAUCUAUUGAAAGUGAAGCGGAAACAAUUGAAUGUAAAUUUCGAAGUAUCAAUGAAAGAAGUGUUUUAUUGGAUACAAAAUCAAUAAAAUCACCAAAUCAUCGCAUUUUACUUUUACUAAUUGAUGGAGAACUUGAAUUGCAUCUUAAUUUCGAGAAUUCGCAUCAUGUGUUCAAUUGGGGUAUUAAUUUAAAUGAUAAUCGAAUUCAUUCAAUGCGUAUUAAACGACGUGGCGAGAAAUUAUUGCUAUUUUUAGAUGGGAAAUGGGAACAUAAUUAUUUUCUGCCUUCUUCUAAGUUAGUAUUAGAUAUUGAUGAGAUAUCUGCUGGACAUUCAUUGCACGCAAUGUCAUCCACACAUUUUACCGCACGCGCAAAUGACACAUUGGAAGAGAAAUUUGGCGGACAAAUGAUAAAAAUGCUUUUCAAUGAUUUCGAUAUUUUGAAGAGUGUAAAACGUCGAAAUCCGAUCAAUAAUCCAUCAGAAAAGAUGAAUCCAUCACGUGAUCGAUAUAAAUUAAAGAAUAGGAAAGUAAAAUCUUCAUCUGUAACAUUCGAAAAACACAAUGCAUAUGCAAUGAUAAAUGAUAAGCAUUUGAUGAGUAUUAAAAAUAUUUAUCGAAUUUCAUUUAAAUUUCGCACACUGUCGCCGUCAGCAAUGCUCUUUGCAUUUUUAACUAAUUCCACUUACAAUAAUAAUUUUGCAUCUUUGGAAUUGCAUUACGGUCGAAUAAGGUACACUUAUAGCUUUAGCACACGAACAGAAGUGAUAAUGUCACCAGCUUUACCAGAUGGACAAGUUUUAAAUGACUUUAAAUGGCAUAGUGUCAUCAUUUUUCAGAAAUCAUUAGGUGGUGAGCAUAAUGUUGUGGUUGAUAAUAGCAGCAUAGUAAUGUCUAAUGUUCGAGGACAUAUUGUUAAUUUACAUACAAAAUUAUAUAUUGGUGAUAUACCAUCCGGUAUUUCCGGUUCUCUAAGGCUUAAAAAUAUUUCCGGUUUUCAUGGAUGUAUCUCUUCAUUCCGAAUUGGUAAUGAAUAUUUAGAUAUUUUAAAAGAUGCAAUAGAAAGUUUUGGUAUUGUUAAAGGAUGUCAUGGACCAUAUACUCGAUGCUCACCUAAAGUAUGCUUAAAUCGUGGAAAAUGUAUUCAAAAAUGGAAUUCCACAAAAUGUGAUUGUUCAAUGACAACUUAUGCUGGCGAAAGAUGUGAUAACUUUGGUACAACUUAUAUAUUUGACUCAUCAUUAUCAGCAAUUUAUUAUGAAUAUCCAAAAUCAAUUCAACCAUCAACAAAUCGAGAUGAAAUGGCAAUUGGAUUUCGUACUCGACAAGCUAAUGCUGUACUAUUAAGUGUACAAUGUAAUGUUGACGGCGACUUUCUUACUGUUUUUUUGAAAAAUGCUCAUUUGCAUAUUCGUUACAAUCUUGGAUCUCGUGAUCAUGAUGUUGGCUUAUCAAGUGCUUUACUAAAUGAUGAUAAGCAUCAUGCUGUUAUCAUUUAUCGACAAGAAGCUAACUUAACUUUAUACAUCGAUAAUCGUGAACCAAUUUAUUACUCUCCUCUUGGUGGUGAUAUGGAACUUGUGACAUUAAAUAUGCAAUGGAGAAUAGCAAUUGGUGCAUCAUUUAAUUUAUUACAUCGUACAAAACGACGUAAACGUGAACAAAUCUAUGAUAGCUAUAAAGGUUUUAUCACAGGUGUCAAUUUCAAUGGUUUAAUGAUAUUGGAUAUGCUAGCACAAGGAUCACAACACGUAUAUCGUAUUGGUUCACCUCGUCUUGUUCAUAUGUCAUCAUAUUCAGGUUCAACCGGAAGAAAGAAUUCAUUUAUGAAUAAUGCUCCGGCAAAGGAUACUGUUAAUGACUGGAUGGCAACCUCUAAAGAAGGUUUUAUUGAAGCAGAAGGUUCUGGUUGUGUGGAAUUUGAAGAGCAAGAAAAAUGUCAAAUUACUGAUCUCGAUCAUACCGGUUUCAUUACACCAAUUCUGCCAACAUCACGAAUAACUGGAGGAAGUGAUAAAUCAAAAUUAUCAACGAAAGCACUGAUAACAACAACUGAAACAACAUUAACUACAACGAGAGCUAAACCAAUUACUUCAGCUAGCACUGAAAUAUCACAAUUGGGACAAUUUGAGAAUUUGGCUCAGGAACAACAACAUCAACCAACAACAACAACAACAACAACAACAAUAAACGGUGAGUUCACUCAACGUACUCACACGUUUCUUUCCACCAACCUUAUCACCGUUAUCACUAUCACAACAACAACAACAGCUACUACUAUCACCACUAUCACUACUACUACUACUAAUAAUAUAGCACAUAUCAGCACAAUUAAUACAACCACAUUAACCACUAUCACUUCAACUUUUAGCUUCUCUCGAAAUUAUGAUAAUAAUUAUGAUAUAUUCACUAUUCCUAAGAUAAAUAGUAAUGGUAACACGCUGCUACCAGCAUUGUUUCGUGCUGAUAACGAUGAUAAUGAUGAUAAUGAUGAUCGUUUUGCAUUCUUUUGGCCAACCGUUUCAUCAUUUCGAACACAAACUGCAAUUAUUUCUUCACCUGAAAUAAAAAACCUGGAAACAUCAGUUCUGGUACCAAUCCAAAUAAUUCCCACAAACAUUUUUCAUCGCAAUGAUAUUACAACAAAAAAGCCUUUUCCAAAUUUCACAAUGCAAAAAGAUGCAAAAAGACUAAAUGAGACGAAAGAUGAGAAAUUUAUCACUGCUACAUCAUCUAUGAACGAUUAUCUUUUAUCAUCAAUAAUUCGGAAUAAUAUAAGUCAGCAAAAAUAUGAUAGUAACCACUCUGAUAAUUAUGCUAGAUAUUAUUAUCAUCCGUAUGAUAUAUCAAAGUAUAAUAAUUAUAAUUAUCCAAAUGACAUGCAUAAACACUAUGCUUUUUCUAAUAGCAAUCAUACUUAUCUGCAAUAUUUUAAUAACAAUUCGGAAUGUUAUAAUCAUUCUAAAAACAAUGCUAAUUAUUCGAAGUGUCGUUAUGCUACUACAACGAGUAAUUUUUCUGCACCAUUAUCAUUACUACCUUCUACUACACCAUUAUCACUAAUACCUUCUACUACACCAUUAUCACUAAUACCUUCUACUACACCAUUAUCACUAAUACCUUCUACUACACCAUUAUCACUAAUACCUUCUACUACACCGUUAUCACUAAUACCUUCUACUACACCAUUAUCAUUACUACCUUCUACUACACCAUUAUCAUUACUACCUUCCACUACACCAUUAUCACUAAUACCUUCUACUACACCAUUAUCAUUACUACCUUCUGCUGCACCAUUAUCACCUUUCUCACCCAAUACAAACACUAAAUUUAUGCAAAUUUCUAGUGCUGUUUCACAGCAACCUAAUCGAAAUUAUUUUGAAGAUUUGUGGAGCGAUAUUGCUGCACCACCAGCUCUUAUCAUAGAUAACGGUGAGAAUGUAUCACGAAGCAAAACAACAACGACAAUAUCUCCUACUAUAACAAAUACUAUUAAUAGUAAUCUACCAAUUAAACCACUAAACUUUAUCACUAUAGAUGCAAAACAAUCGACAUCUCAUCAGGCUGUAUCAGUAAAUGAUAUGAUAACAUCUCGAAAUGAUAAAAUUUUAAUAUCAGUAACGCCAAAAAUAACAUCUCUUUUGCUGAAUGCUUCAACUAAAUCGUCAUUAGUAAAUGACAAUGCAGAAGAGAGAAAGAAAGAAAUAAAAGUGCCUGAAGCUAAGAAUUUGGGUAACAUUGAGCAACAAUAUAAAUCACAACGAUUGCUUACCGUACCAACCUUAUCAUCAUCAUUAUCAUCAUUAUCAUCGUUAUCAUCAUCAGCUACUACUACUACUACUACGACUGUUAAGCAUCGUAUUCGUACAACAUUGGUGAGCCAUACUAUUUAUGCAGUUAGACCAACUACUCCAAUGGGUGAACUUAUCACUGAUACAGCUAAGGCUCCUGCUACGCCAACAGAUUUCCCACGUACGGCACUAAUUUCAAUUGCUUCAUUAUCUGUGAUAAUUAUCAUUGCUAUUGUUGUUUUUUGUGUUUUUAGAUGUAGACAAAGUGGUCCAUCAACAGAUCAAUAUCCAAUGGUUUGUAGUAGUAAACAAUCUGGCUAUGCUCCAAUACCAGCCGAAUUAUCACCACCAAUGAUGCGAGAAUCAUCGAGACAUAAUGCUCCUCCAUUCUUUCAUAAUCGAGUUAAUCAACUUGAUGGCGGCUAUCAACCAAUUAAAGGCGCUGUUAUACCAAAUGGAAAUAACACAACAAAUAAUAUUAAAAAUAAUUGUGCAACAUCUAUUAAUGGUAGAAAAAAAGAAUUCAAAGAAUGGUAUGUUUAG